CAUAAUAAAGAACCUAUUCAUAACAGGGCACAAACACCUUAUUGUCUCUUUAUUAUGUAAUUUCACGGUUGCUUUGUUAAUCAAAACAAAAAAACGGCUGAGAGCAUGGCGAGCAGGAAUGUCAGCACGCGCUCGGCAAACCUGGAGCCCAGUGCCGGGGCGAACGCGCGACUCUCGGCGGCCGUGAGCGGGUACGGGGCGGGGAUGGAGCCCACCGUGCUGCCCGAACAGUGGUCACUGGUGGAGCAGUGGCACAUGGAGAGGAGGGAACCCGUGGAGCUGUGGCGGUCAAGUGUGUCCAAUCAGCUUUCCAACUUGAAGAACCGGCUGACCAAGUCCCUUCACGACUUCCCCCGGAGAAUCGCGGGUCCCAAGAGAUAUGAGAAACCGUCUGAGGACGCCGACAGGUCUUCGGAACCGCUCGGGGAAGAUCGUGGGGCGUCGGGCGAAGUCGGCGAGCCGUCGGCUACUUCCGAAGACCACCGACAACUCUCCGACAAGACGAACAAGUGAUGAUCUGUGAACGGACUUUUUACUGGUGCCAUAAAGUGUUACCUCUGUACUUGUUUAUACAUGUAUAAUGUUGGGAAAUUAAAGGACUAUCUCUGUACCUGUUUAUAUAAUGCUGAGAAAGGGACACGGAAGAAAAAUGAAAAGAUGGUUUACAACUUAAAGAUACACAUCAUAAUCCCAUAUAAAAUGCCUUUCAGGUAUCAAUUACAACACAUUUUGUUUGUAUCCUGUCCAUUUGAUUUUGUAAAUAUCUCUAUAAUUGCAGUAACUGAUAUGUAAACAUUUUGUGUCAUAAUGCUAAACUUUGGUU